AUGACAACCCCACCAAAAGUCCGCGUUGGUGUCGGUGCAUUCAUACUCCAAUCCAACAACGAACCCCAGGUAAAUCCACACUUUCUCGUGGGUAAACGCAUCAACGCUCACGGCUCUGGCACCUACGCGCUCCCUGGAGGGCACCUCGAAUUUGGCGAAACCCCCGAGCAAUGUGCGACCCGUGAAUUAUCCGAGGAGACCGGACUGGCUGUUACGAAUGUGCGCUUUCUCACCGCGACAAAUGACUACAUGCCUGCGGAUAAUAAGCACUAUAUCACCAUGUUUAUGGUUUGUGAGCGGGUGGAUGAGGCUACUGAGCCGAGGGUACUAGAGCCGGACAAGUGUGAAGGGUGGGAGUGGAUUAGUUGGGAUGAUUUGAACGAGUGGGCGAAGAUAGAGAGGGGAGGGAAGGAUGUACUGGGGAGGAAGCUGUUCACCCCCUUUUUAAGUUUAUUGGAGCAGAGGCCUGAAGUUCUUCCGUUGUCGCUUUAG